AUGUCUGAGAAUGAAGUUCGGUUGUUCCUUCGCGCACAACAGGGUUCCGAGGGUAACCCGGGGAAGGCAUGCUAUGACCUUCUCAAGCCGAACAGACCGCCUAACGUAGUUUGCAGACGAGUGGAACUGCUUCGCGGGACGCAAGACUUUGCGCAAGCUCAUACUCUCGAUGAUGAAGACCUCCAAGAGGCCGGAAGCUCACAAAGAGAGCCACCAACCUUCCGAACAUCUUCCAGCGUCUCCCUUUCAUCACCUGAUGCAGAAGAGUCAAUCACAAAUCUUCUUUACACAGGUUCGGCCGAUACUCAGGGAAAUCAGUCAGACGCUAGCCAUAGGCCCGGAGAUACAGUCAUCCUCGAUCUGGGCAAUGAUAGCCUGAACCACGUUGCCGUCACAAUCGACCGCGCUCCGGCGUGGGGCCAACCAACGCCAGAUUGCUUUCUCUCCUCGGAUGUACCAGCAAUGGUCCCUCAGCAGUCGCUCGACCAUGUAGAGCGACUUAACUCGUACACAGUUGCUGCAACUGCUAUUGGCAGUCACACGUCUCCGCAAAGCCCGUUAGGCAUUGAAACCAGCCUGCACUCACCGCAAUCUACUGUCACAUCGAGCAAAUGGCCGCUCCAGUAUGAUGAGAAAGACAUCUUGCAAUGGCUUGAAGUAUUUUUUGAGAGAUUGCAUGCAACGCUCCCCAUUGUCGAUAAAGGUCUCUAUCGUGACUUCAUGCUCCGGAGGCACCACACGGACAAGGAUUUCGCUGCCAUGAUUCUUGGCUUGUGCUCACUCGCCGUGGUUGGACCAGUGUAUCGAAAGGAACGAAACUCCAUGGCGGCGCGGACAUGUCUUGCAAAGGAUAUGCUGGCUUCGGCCGCGAAUCUGAGAACGAGCUAUGACUUUGGCGAACAGCAGAAUCUCGAGACCACCACAGUCACAAGCUUCUUCAUGAGGGCAGCAUGGUUGCGAUUAAGAGAAGCAGUCGAAUGUGGGCGUCUUCUUGGAGUGCAUAAGCCUGAAACCUAUAAACAAUACAGCCCGAUUGAAAGAGGGCAAAGGCUCCGCAUAUUCCUCAUACUUUCGGUGACCGAACGUGGCUACGCCCUGCAGAGAAACCACGAUAUCAGUUUCACGGGUCAAACUUCGGAGAGAAUGGCCGAUAUAUACCAAGACGUGCAGAAAAUAGAACACAAGUCAGCAGGUGGAAUCACAAUCCAUGAUGACAGUGUGCUAUCAACAAUGCUGGGUCUACAACAGCUUAUGAAACUAUUUGAUUCUGUCGACGAGCAAGUCAUCCCCUGCUGGAAUAACAGCUGUUCACCAUCAUUGUCCAACUGUGAUAGACUCACCGUUGACCGAGUACAAAGGGUCUUCAAGGCCAUCGAAGCUGCCCUUCACUCGCCAGCCGAGGACCGCGUUCUUCGUAAUAACCUCAGGCCAGUUAGUUCUAAAGCGAACAACCCAAAGUCCGACUCCCAACCACCAUUUCUGACAGACGUGCAAUGGGGUGACUGCUAUGUCCUCCAGCAAUGGCUGCUCAUGAGGCUGUGGACGGCUUGUUUGACACACGAUGCGCUGUCAGAAAGCUCCUCUUUGACUUUCAUGCAACCGUCUUAUGCGACAGUGAUAGCAGAUCGCGUGCUGGACGAGUGUAACCGUGUCGGGGACUUUGUUCUUGAAGUACACGGCAAUGGAAUGAUUGAACGUCUCCAUGACCUUGCGAUGGGUGUACUAAUGAGCUUGCAAUUUUACGCUGCGACAUCGACACAAAUCAGUACCCAGAAUUCACAAAUGGUUCUCGACCGAUAUCUGGAGCUUCUCUGUCGACUAGGAGGCGAUGAGCAUCCGUGUACCACUGCGCUGCGACGGGCCUACGAAUCAGCACACUGA